AUCAUCAAUUCCACUGAGAUCCUCCACAUUGCGGUGAACUGAAACGUUCAGAAACCGAAGGAUCUUUUAACUUCUACGAUGCAGACGCUCUUAAUUGUUAUCGUUUGUGUUAUAUCUCUUGCUUCCCUAUUCCAUGGCUCAGACAGCGCGCCUCUAAAACGCGACCUAAUAGCUGACCCUAAAGAGAAGGGAAAGGCGCUGAACAAUUUAGUAAAGUUCGGUUACCUCAACAAGACGCAAAUAGGAUCUGACGGCAAUGCGGGGCAAGGAAGCCAGCUUGAUUCUCCUGCUGUUGUCCAGGCCAUAACAGACCUUCAGACAUUCGGGGGUCUGUCUGUCACUGGGAAACUCGACCGUGAGACACUGAAACUGCUCAACACGACUCGAUGUGGUAUGAGGGACCCCAAAUUGAAUGCAACUAAUAAGAAUGCCGGAGGUCUAACUGUCGGCCGGUAUUAUCUACAAGGAACUAGAUGGCAAAAAAAGCAUCUGACCUAUCGCUUUAUUUCGCUUACGGGUGAUUUGCCCGAAGAAACGCAGAAGAACAUUCUUCGUAAAAUGAUACAGAAAUGGGCCGCUGCCAGCAGUCUGACCAUAACAGAACAGAUUAAUAAUGCAGUCCCAGAUGAUGACGUCGAUAUCUUGAUCAAAUUUGUAAGGCGUUACCAUGGAGAUCCAUAUCAAUUUGACGGUCCUGGAGGAACGCUCGCACAUGCGUACUAUCCACAUAAUAACAGAGGUUUAUCUGGUGACGCACACUUUGACGACGACGAAAGAUUUACAACAGGAACGAGUGACGGCAUCAACUUGGACUGGGUGGCGGUUCACGAGUUUGGACACAGCAUGGGCCUGGAACAUUCUAACGUGCGGCAAUCCAUCAUGUACCCUUGGUACAAAGGUUAUUUCCCUAAUAUCGAGCUUACCUAUGAUGACAUACAAGGAAUACAGGCGCUUUAUGGUGCUCCUCCAACAAACCCAACGGAUCCCCCCACGGAUCCCCCCACAGAUCCUCCUACAGACCCACCCACAGAUCCGCCAACAGAUCCCCCCACAAAUCCGCCAACAGAUCCUCCUACAGAUCCACCCACGGAUGCCCCCACAGAUUCCCCGACAGUUCAUUCCGCAUGUAGACCCAGCACGACGUACGACGCAGUUGUCCUUGAAGAGGACUCAAGUGGCAACCAGAUUACACAUUUCUUUCAUGGAGACUCUUUCUGGACGCUCUCAAGACGAUUGGAGAGGAGCGAGACGAAGAAAGUGAAAGAUUAUUUUCCUGAAGUGAGGACCCAAAUAAGCGCAGCUUAUCGCAAUAAACAAGGACAUCUUGUCAUUUUUUCAGGAUCAAGGUUUUGGGAGUACGAGAAACCGACUACGAACAAUUAUAGAAGGAGAUUACUAAGAAGCGGCUCCAUAACCGAGUACGGGUUGUCGUUAAGUCUCGAUAACAUGGAUGCGAUUUUCACCUGGCAUAAGAACAAAAAGACUUACAUUUUCAAAGGAUUGCAAUAUUGGCGAUACGACGAAAACAACCGCCAAAUUGAUGCUGGAUAUCCAAAACUUAUCUCAGUCGGUUGGCCCGGUCGUGAUAAUAUUGAUGCAGCGGUGAAAUGGUCAAACAGGUAUAGCUACGUCUUCAAAGGAAAUGAGUACUGGAAGCUUAAAAAUGUUCCACAGAACAGAAAAGUGUAUGCCUUUGGUGGAUACCCAAGAAAAAUUGCUAAAGGUUGGAUGAAAUGCAAAACUGAAUCUGUCGGCGCCUUGGGAGUAGGGGCGUUACAAGUCAACCCUUGAACUUUUGAAAGUGAAUAUUUAUCGUAGCAAAAAGAGUUUUAGAUCAGUGUUAGGUGUGCUAAAAGACAGGGUAAUUUAUAUCGUAGCUUAAGCCGGAACACAGACAGACUGAUUUCCAUCCUUUGCCUCCUGCUGUUUCAGGCCGUAUGAAAUUUUAAGGGUUGAAGUUCAUCGAGCAGUUGUUGAUAAUGUCUGGAGCUUAAGGCAGUAGAACUGAAUUUAGGUAAAAAAA